AUGCAUUCGGUCGCACGGCGUGGAUUCGACUCGUCGGGAGCGAACGGUCUGUACGACCGCGCGCGCCCUUCUUAUCCCGAGGAGGUCGUCGACCAGAUGCUAUCUGCCCCGCGGGCGAGGGGCCCGCUGCGUAUCGCCGAGGUCGGCGCGGGCACCGGCAUCGCGACGCGUCUGCUGCUAGAAGGUGCGCAUUCACACGGCGGCCUGGCGCGUAUGCACGCGUUCGACCCGUCGACCGGCAUGCUGCAUCACCUGCAGCAGUCGCUCUUUGGCACGCCCGACGGGCCUGGACUUGUCGAGAAGCUAAAGCUCGAAGGGAAGCUCGCGUCCGACGCGCAGGUGCUCAUCGGCGAAGGCGCCUUUGACUCGUUCCAGGCCGGCGCCGAUAACGACCUUGUGGUCAUUGCGCAGGCCUGGCACUGGUGCCCCGACUUUGACCAGGCACUGGCGCACAUUGCGACGCAACUGCGACCUGGUGGCGUGCUUGCGCUGGUUUGGAACCUGGAGGACCGCGACGCGGCGCCGUGGAUCGCAAAGCUGCGCGACCUCUACGAAAAGUUUGAGGACGGCGCGCCGCAGUACCGCCACAUGGCCUGGAAGAAGAUGUAUAAGACGCCCAGCUUUGAGAAGUACUUUACCGAGCUGGAGCCGACGCACCAGCUGCGCAAGCUCCCCACGACCUUUGACGGGGUGGUAGACCGCAUGCUGUCCAAGUCAUACGUCUCUGUCCUGCCCGAUGAGCAAAAGGAGCGCCUGGCGCAGGAUGCAUUCCGCAUCUUGUCCGCCCCCGACAGCGAGACGGGCCGCGAGUAG